AUGCGUCUUUCAAGAUCCCUUCUUCUGCCUACAACCUUGGCACUGCCACUCCUGGAUUCCAUCCUUAACCCUAUCACCAACAGCAUCUGGUCCACAUUGGACGGGGUUGUCCAGACGAGUCUGGGAGGCCUUACGGGCAUACUCGGCACCAGGCAAGCUUAUGACUAUGUCGUAGUAGGCGGCGGCACUGCCGGUAACACGAUCGCUUACCGGCUGGCCGAAGCCGGCUUCACCGUCGCCGUUGUCGAGGCCGGGCUAUCAUACGAAGUCGGCAAACCUAUCGUAGGCCCCGCGCCCCUCGGCGAUGUCAUUGGUGUCGGCUCCAACCCACUCGAUACUGUCCCAACCGUCGACUACGGCCUGAAGACAGUCCCACAAGCAGGAGCUGGAGACCGCGAGAUACACUACGCGCAGGGCAAGUGUCUCGGUGGCUCCUCGGCUCUGAACUUCAUGAUCCAUCACCGGCCGAACCGGGGAGCUUUGGAUGCGUGGGCCGAAGCCGUUGGAGAUGACAGUUACACGUUUGACCAGUUUCUCCCCUACUUCAAGAAGAGCUUCACCUUCACCUCGCCCAACACUGUGUCCCGUCUCGCCAACGCGACGACGACGUACGAUGAGAGCGACUUCGACCCGCCUUCUUCGAAUUCCCCAAUCCAGGUGACUUACCCCAACUGGACGCCCGUAUGGUCUACAUGGGUUGCCAAAGGUCUGGAGGCCCUUGGAAUGACCCGAACGGACCAGUACAACAAGGGCGUGCUGAGCGGAUACCACUAUGCGCAGACGACCAUCCACCCACGAGCACAGGUCCGGUCAACCUCAGCCGACUUUAUAUACGCCGCAAGGGACGCGAAGAUGGACGAUAAACUCACAGUUUACUUGGGCACACGAGCCAACAAGGUCUUGUUCGACGGCGAAAAAAAGGCCACGGGCGUCGAGGUUGCUGGGGCGGGAUUGCUGAAGCACACCAUCAACGCAGCCAAGGAAGUCAUUCUCUCGGCCGGUGCUCUGCACUCACCACAGCUGCUCAUGUUAUCCGGCAUCGGCCCAGCGCAACAUCUGACCAAGCACGGUAUCAAAGUCAUCGCCGACCGCCCAGGCGUCGGGCAAAACAUGAGUGACCAUGCUCUAUUCGGCCCGACGUACGAAGUCAAGUUUGACACCCUGAACAAGGUCCUGGGGAGCCCCGUAAUCCUCGCCGAGGCGGUAACCGACUACGGACUCACGCGAACCGGCCCGCUGACCAGCAACUUGGCCGAGUUCCUGGCGUGGGAGCGGAUGCCCAGCAGCGCCAACCUGAGCCAGUCUACCUGGGACCAGCUCCUCUCAUUCCCAGACGACUGGCCGCACAUCGAGUACCUCCCGGCAGCGGGCCACAUCGGCCCCUUCAACAUCCCGUGGCUCGACCAACCGCAGGAUGGCAGGAUGUACGCGUCCAUAAUCGCUGCGCUGGCGGCCCCCUUGUCCCGGGGCAACGUGAUGCUCGCGAGCGGCUCCCCCUUGAGCGCCCCGCUCGUGAAUCCAAACUGGUUGACGCACCCGGGCGACGUCGAGGUAGCCGUGGCUAUGUACAGACGCACCCGUGAGAUCUUCAACACAGAGGCGAUUCGGUCCAUCCGCGCGCGCGACGUGGAGUACUGGCCGGGCUCGCACGUCGAGACGGACGAGCAGAUCCUGGCCAACAUCCGGACGAGCGUCAUGGCCGUCAUGCAUGCGUCGUGCACCGCGCGGAUGGGACGCCGGGACGACCCGACAGCCGUGACGGACAGUCUGGCGAGAGUCAUUGGCGUUGAGGGGCUGCGGGUGGUGGACGCCAGUUCCUUGGCCCUGCUGCCCCCGGGACACCCGCAGGCUUUGAUCUACGCGUUGGCGGAGAAGAUUGCGGACGGUAUCAUCAAGGCAUCGAAGUAG